AUUGAACGUUAAGUAGGAUUCGAUAUUCAUUCCAUACUCAAAUAGAAAGCUGACAGUCUCAAUCUAGCGGCGAGCCCCAUGGGGUUUUUGUUUUGGUUACAAGAAGUGCUGCUUUGUUCGGAAGAAAUGUAUAUUUAAGCUAUUUAAUCUAAACCUUAGCUAAAAAUGAUAAUUAUUUUAAACAUUAGUUACGUUUGAUAAUUAUUCUACUCUGUGUAAUUUUUAUGGGCCCAUGGAUAUUAGUGAAAAAAGCCCAUUAGCUCAGAGAAAAUGGGCCAAGUGAUGGGCUGGGGCCCAAAAAUGCUCCUCCAACCCGUUAUUAGCUCGGAAAUUGAGCAAAAAUUGAGCUAUUCCAAAAUAAUAAUGGGCCGGAGCAUAUCCCGUUCGCCGUCGUAUUCCCGCCGGUCACGAUCUCCGGUUAAUCACCGCCGGAGCAGCCGACGGAGCCGCCGUGACCGAAGCCGGUCACCGUAUUCUAGCAGGAGAAAGAGUCGCUCUGGUACCCCUCAUCGUCGUCGGAGCCGUUCACCAGCUACUAGGCGCAAAAGAAGCCGGUCCCCGACAACUAGGCGUCACAGGAGACGACGAAGUCACAGUUCCUCAGAUUCUCCUAAACCCAAGUCUCGAAGUCCUAGUCUUACAUCCACUGAGCGUAAAAGUGCUGCAGAAAAAUUGAAGAAAGAAGAAGAAGAAAAGAAAAGGCUACAGCUAGAGGCAGAGCUCAAGCAAUUAGAAGAGGAAACUGCAAUGAGAUUAGAGGAAGAAAUAAAGAAAAGGGUCGAGGAAAAGUUAAGUUCAGAGGAAGUUAAGGUGGAAAUAGAGAAACGAAUAGAAGAAAGUCGUAGAAAACUGUUUGAAGAUGUUGAAAUUCAACUUGAAAAAGAAAAGCAAGCUGCACUUACGGAGGCAAGGCUAAAAGAAGAAAAAGCACGAAAAGAGAGAGAGGAGCUGGACAAAAUGCUCGAGGAGAAUCGAAGGAGGGUACAAGAGGCUCAAAGGAGAGAGGCUCUUGAGGCACAGCGAAAAGAGGAAGAACGACUUCGUGAGUUGGAGCUCAUCCAACGACAAAAGGAGGAGGCUGCUCUGAGGAAAAAACUCGAGGAAGAAAAUCUAAUGACACUAUCGAGCAAAAAUAAAUCUAGGCCCAACUCGAUUGGUCUAUAAAAGCACAACCUAGAGAUAUCCGGCAUUGUGUGCCAAACAUGGAGUCGUAGAACCAGGAUUGGCUAAACUUUGGAAGUUCACUCUACCGGAAUGACAUUGCUAUGGCUCAACUCUAAAGUCUCCAUUACUGGUUUCUGCAUGUAUUGCAAGAGUUGCAACAUCUUCAGUUCAUGUCUAAUGUUGUUUUUUUUUGUUAGAAGCUAAUGCUGUUAAUCACUGUGUUGUUAUUGACUUUUGAAGUUAGUCCAGUAUGUACUUGUUACAACUGCUAGUGAAUAUUCACUUCCUUUACUGGCAAAACUGGCUUGGUUUUGCCAAUU